UUAUAAUAAAAAGUUUAUAGUGAAAAUGAGAUAUAAAUAAAAACGAAAGGAAAAGGAAAAAUGAAGAGAACGUGGGGGUGAGGGGGAAAUGCUUGAGGAGGGAAGUGGGGAAUAACCGUCUCAACCGCCACAUCGUUUCAAACAAAAUUAAAUUGAAAAAAUGAAUCCAAAAUCUUCUUCUUCUUCUUGAAGCAUAAAUCCGCAAGAACAAACCCCCUGCAUCCUCAAACACAAUCUCAUUUACCAACAAAAUAUUUGAAGAUGGAUUUCAAGAAACUCAGUGUUCUGUGAAGGGAGAAACCAGCAAUAUAAUAAUGGAGGAAAGAAGAUCACAAUCACAUGAAGUUUUAAGGAAAGGGCCAUGGAAACUCGAAGAAGAUGAAGUACUUUUGAACCAUGUUAACCGUUUCGGUCCCAGAGACUGGAGCUCCAUUCGAUCCAAAGGCCUUCUUCAGCGGACUGGCAAGUCCUGCCGUCUUCGUUGGGUUAAUAAACUCAGACCCAACUUGAAAAAUGGGUGCAAGUUCACAGCAGAGGAGGAAAAAAUGGUGAUAGAAUUGCAAGCGCAGUUUGGGAACAAAUGGGCAAAGAUAGCAACCUACUUGCCUGGCCGGACCGAUAAUGAUGUGAAGAAUUUUUGGAGUAGUAGGCAGAAGAGAUUGGCUAGGCUUCUGCAGACAUCACCUGCUCCAUCCAAAUUGCAAAGAAGUGCUAAAAAGGAAAAGCCAAUCGAUUUUGAUAUUCCCUCCAUGGAGGCACCAAAGCUGAGCUCUGCAUCAGAGGGAGAGUCAUCCUUAAGGCCAAUGUCGUGUUUGUCGUCUUGCUGUGCCGAGAAUGUUGAACCUCUUAAUAUGUUCUGCUCGGUGCCAGAUCCGUACAGUCCCAAAUUACUUGGUUUUGGCCAAGACUUUCUUCAACCUGAAUUCAACUCGAUCAAAUUCGAACAGCAAAGCAAUUUCCACACUCAGUCUCUAAGUUCAACAUUUUCAUCUCAAGGACUCCAUGAUCCCAACUUUGAUGUUUUUCUCGAAACUUUGGAUGUUUCUCAAUUAACUAACGAAGUUCAAUUUCCAUCGGGGCUGCAAUUCUACGAACCGAUGGAAUGUUGCUCAAGUCAUGAUGUUGUAAGGGAGAACGUUGACAACCCCGAAAGCUUCUUCAGCGAGUUUCCUGCAGACAUAUUUGAACUAGAGCCGCUUCCGAGCUCACCGGAGAACUGAUACUUUGCCUCUUUCAUUUCUGUAAAAUUGUUUGAAACUUUGAUUUUGCAUCUGUAUCUGUGAAAUUGGUAUGUGUAAUGUUUUGCUUGCCUACACAAUUGGGGUAUACUACACAAUGUGUUUGUUUUCUCAUUUUUACUUAGAAAAGUGAAAAAGUAAUCAGAUUUUAGCUGUGUUUUCGGGUUGCAAA